CUUUAGAGGCAAAAAGACUUCUUUAUCGUUAAAAAUGUAAUAUAUAUUUUUAAAGAUUUUGGGUUAUUUUAAUACACUCUUUCUGAUUUGUUAAAGGUGACCCAUGAAAGAACAUUGUUGCUUCAUUUGUAGCUCGAUAAAAUGGAAAGUGCACCCUCCCCUCCCAUAGGAAAAGAUAUCACCAGUUCCAGGUCUGACAGAGCAGGGGUAGGAGGGGGAGACGAGACGCCUGGUUGAAACGUUCGCUAUUCAUUCCAGUGUGGCGCUUUAUUGGCAUCUUAACAUCUCCGCGAGCUAAAAUGCGGUUAAAUAGAGAGUUAACCCUAUUUAUAAAUCUUGUAAGCAUCAUGUUUUUGAUUAAUGUUGUGACGUCCUCAAAAUCGAAAAAGAGUUCAUCAACUUCUUCCACGUCAACUUUCUUGGACAAAGAAAGCAAACAUUGGUCUAAAGUCUCUUGCAAGAGCACGAAGAGAGAUCAUAUUAUGAAAUUAAGAGCGAAGAAAUCAACAGAUGAGCUAAUUUCGUGUCUUAUCAAGGCUUUACAGGCAUCAAAUGACGCCCUUCUUUGGAGUGUUUUAGGGGAGUCUUUCCAGACUUUGCAAGACAAGACAAAAGCUGCAAACAUUUGCUUCAAAGAAGCUACAAAACAUGGAGGAAAACUCUCCAAGUUUAUACAGAAGUGGCAUUUUAUUGGACCAUUUGUAAUCGGGAAGGCGGAAGUAGAUGGGGACCCUUUAGAGGAGUGGGGUGGAGUGAAAAAUAUCUCAAGGCACAGAUGGAAUAAGAAGUUUGUUCUGUACUCGGAGCUGGUAGCUCAAGGAGAGAUAAAAUGGUCAGAAAUAAAUCAGCACACAGCUGCAGAACCAGUAGCUAUUGCACCGUCAGUAAACUGGAAUGAGUUGGUUAUGUCAUUGCAAUCAAUGGGUAUAACAGAAUGGCAGGGAUGGGUCCUUGGGGAUUUUUUUGUCAAUGAAGUUGAUGCAACAGUACUUGUUCAAUGCCUUGGAGUGCAUACUGUGUAUAUUGACGAUGCGGUCCUGACAGGAGAUGUCUACAGAAGAGAUCAGUUUUGGUCAUCUGUUCCUCUCUCCCGAGGAAUUCAUACUCUGCAACUCCGCCUCAGGUCCAAGGGAUCAUUUGCAUUCACUUGUAACAUAAAACUUCUUGAAGCAAAACACACUUUUGAAGUCUUAUCUCCGUCAUAUUUACCUGAUCUAGUGGAUGGUAAACUAUUCUCUACGUUCAUAUCUACUCCUAUCAGCAACUUACAUGGCUCUCAUUGGCUUAAAGUAACAAAAGUUUCCACCAUGAAAGAGUCUUCUCCAGAUCUUCAACUUUCUGCAAAGCUGUCUGCACAAGACAAAGCUUUUGCAAUAGCUCCUGGGCAAGUACGACCAAUAAAAAUUUUACUGGAAUCCAAAAAUGGAAAGGAGCAACUUGCUGAUAAUGGUGUUUGUUCUGAUGUGAAACUGGUGCUAAAAAUUAGCACCAAUAAAGGCCCAGAUCAAAAGUUUGUGUUAAACCUCAGAUGUCGUAAAAGAAGUGAAUCAUUUUUGUUCACGUUUCUUGAUCAUGACGCUUCAGUUCAGCAUGGGGCGGCAAUCAUUCCACUGACAUCUUGUUCUUCUGGAAUCUGUCCUGUUUUGCUGACACUACAUGGAACAACUGUACCUCCUCAGAACCAGGCAGACAGUUACAAGCGGAUGGAGAAUGGCAAGUGGGUGUUUGGGGUUGAGGGUCUUUGGGUUGUCGCACCUACCAGACAUGGAGCUCACAACUGGGAAGGACCUGGAGAAUUGACAGCAAUGACGGCCCUAAGGAGCUUUGCCAAGCUCACAAAAGAUGCUUCUUGGAUUGGGCCCCAAGCUGAUAAGGAUCAAGUUGUCUUUGCUGGGCAUUCUAUGGGUGGUCACGGAGCAUGGCAGCUAGGUACCCAUUAUCCAGACCAGGCCCUUGCUGUAGUUUCUGCAGCUGGUUGGAUCAAGAAAGAGGAUUAUGGUGAAUCCAACCUGUUUUUCCGUCAUGACAUCAGUACCAGCCACACUUCACCAGCUGUUAAGGGGAUUUUAGAGGCCUGUACUGCAGAAAAUGAUGCAGAUAAACAUGUGUCAAAUUUACAUGGUGUGCCUAUUAUGAUACGGAUUGGAGCAGCUGAUAGGACAGUGCACCCUUACUACACACGUCGCAUGUUCCGUCUCUUGCGGCAACAGCAGACCAAUGUUACCUACUCGGAAUUAGCUGAUAAAGAGCACUGGUGGUGGGACACGUACAAGACUAAUGACGGAGGGGUUGUGAAUGAUCCAGUCAUUAGGAAUUUUGCCAUUACCCAUGCACAGUAUGCUGUAAAACCUUCUGCCCCUGCAAGUAAGGCAUUUAGUAGAUUAUUCACCAGUGCAAGCAAUGAUGUAUGGUACAAAAAAACCUGGCGUCAUGCACACUACGCCGGAGAAACAGAAAACAUUUUUGAAAACGGAGCUUUUCAAAAACGACGACGUCACAAAAAGCCGGCUUUUUCAAAUUCCUACGGUUUGAAGAGCGUUUCCAGUCGAGCGUUUUCUAAACCUGCGGUUUUUCGAUUUCAAGGUAAUUUUUCCUUAACAAUACACCAUCUUCUUGCAGGUACGUCGUCUCAGCAGCAUCACAUAACAGCAGCCUUGAGACAGUUCGCAGUGUACAUUGCAAAUCUCUUCUUUUUAACGUCCGACGCCUGGGCACCAGUUGUUUCCGACGCUGAGUUAAACGAGAAAACCGCUGAACAGUACAACUUGAUUCUCGUGGGCAGUCCGCUGGAAAAUUCUUGGGUUGAGAAGUAUCAUGGGAAAGUACCAUUGCAAUACAAAGAUAAUAGACUUACUUUAGGUGAGUGUACCUUUUCCUUUCCCCAGACUGGCGCGGUUUUCCUAGCGCCGCAUGCUGGCUCCCGCCUGGCUUUAGUUAUAUCCGGGAAUUCCAUCGAAGGGAUUCGAGAUGCCGUACAGUUAGCCACACCCACGAUUCCUCCAAUGACAAGAUCACCCUUUUCAAAUAUGGUCCCUGACUACGUCAUCACAGGACCGCAGUUCCGCGCGCGUGGGCCUGGAGGCUACCUAUGUGCUGGGUUUUGGAAUAACCGCUGGGAGUAUGGGAGAGAGAUCUCAUCAUGUGUGUGUUGAAUGUUAAGAAGCUUCAGUAAGAAUGGCUUACUUGAAGAUAAUGGAAGAUAAAACACGCGCUGUGAUCUUAGGACAUAUGAGAAAGCGAACCUUCUGGCAAAGGGCCAAAGUUCGAACGCAAACACUUUUAAUUGGUUAACCAAGUCGAUAAUAAAAUACGUUUUAAAUUUUGUAGUAA